AAUUAAAACGGACUAUUCCCAGGGAGCCAGAAUCCAAAAUCUCGAGUAACAUUCAGGUGAGCGCUUCUGCAGCGUGCAGUCUCGUGUUUAUGUGCUGCCCAUGACAGUUUGGCGCAGGACUGCGGAUGCAUUCAUUCAAAGUGCGGACAUUUGAUCAUCAUGCAUACUGCGGAAAUCGCUGCAUCCCUGUUAAUUUUGGGGAUUAUUGUCGUGUCGUUGCUGUCCAACGGCGUGGUGCUGAUCUGCUUUUUGUACAACUCGAGCAUCCGCAAACAGGUGCCGGCUCUUUUCAUCGUUAAUUUGACGCUUUGCAACCUGUUGCUGAGCGCGUGCAACAUGCCGCUGACUUUGGUCGGGCUCGUCACCGCGGGUCAUCCCGGAGGAGGAGGCUUCUGCCAAACUGUGGGUUUCCUCGACACUUUUCUCACCACCAACUCCAUGCUGAGUAUGGCAGCCCUGAGCAUCGACAGAUGGGUGGCGGUGGUUUUCCCGCUCAGUUACCACUCCAGAAUCCGGCACCGGGACGCAGUGAUCGCGCUGGGAUACACGUGGAUCCACUCGCUGUGCUUCUCCACGGUGGCCACCUGCCGCUCCUGGCUGGGUUACCACCACCUUUACGCGUCAUGCACCCUGUGCACCGCCAGGGCCAAGGGAGCCGGGGCGCAGUUUACCGUUUUCACCGUGGCACUGCACUCCCUCUCGUUCCUCCUCACGCUCAUCGUGAUGUGCGUGACGUAUUUGAAAGUGCUGAAAGUCGCCAGGUCCCACUGUAAACGCAUCGACGUGAUCACAAUGCAGACUUUGGUGCUGCUGGUGGACAUUCACCCCAGUAUACGUCAGAAAUGCCUGGAUGAACAGAAGAGGAGACGGCAGAGGGCCACCAAGAAGAUCAGUACAUUUAUCGGCACAUUUGUGGUCUGCUUUGGCCCCUAUGUCAUCACAAGAAUGUUGGAGCUCUUCUCCCCGGGGCCCAUAAACCCUCACUGGGGUGUGCUGUCAAAGUGUCUAGCUUACAGCAAAGCAGCCAGUGACCCGUUUGUGUACUCACUGCUGCGUCACCAGUACAGGACGACGUGCAGCCUGCUGGUGAACAAGGUCCUGAAGAGGAGUCCCUUCAACUCUUCCUCCUAUUGGCCGGAGAACAGCAUCAGGAGGAGCAACACCAACACCGGGCAAACCAACAAAAUCCAACCAACUAGCAAAAUCCAGUCAAAGUCAUCACAUGAAGGAAUGAAAAAAUUGGAUCAAACAAAUUAAAUUGGUGUAAAUGU